ACAGCCAUGGUAUGGAAGGCACCCCUGCUUGUAGGGCUGAUUGUGCUAGGCACUCAUAUAUGGACCAUUGACAAAGAAUUUGUGGACAUCACUAAGGACCUAGAUUACUUUGUGGCAUCAGUGGAGUUUGCUGUGGCCCAGUUCAAUGAUAACAACCCAGAAGAGAACAUAUACAGGUUGCUGGAAGUUGGGAGAGCCCAGAAAAAGACAUGGACAAUGAUUUUCUUAAUGGAUUUGGAGAUGGGCCGCACAAUUUGCAAGAAACAUGAUGAAAACAUCCACAAUUGCCCAUUGCUACAAGGCUCAGAAGAAAAGAAGGUGCACUGUGUUUUCCAAGUUGAUGCCCGACCUUGGUUUUCUCACCUCACCAUCCUGAAUAGCACCUGUGUGCCAACAUAA